AGCAAUUCUCUCUAAAUUUUGGCUUGAGAAAAGUAAAAACCAAGUGAAAUCCUCACUCUCUAUGAGUCGACAGCGUAAGCAAGAAACGAGGGAAAAUUUUGAAAAGAAGAAAGCAGAGAGCUAAGAGAAAGGAGAACUUGAGACUUUGAAAUCAUGAUCAGCUGGUGAAACAAAUGCGACGAAAUUUUAGUUGCGCAAAUCUCUUACGAAGCUCCAUAUAUUUACCGGUUUUGAUUUUCAGUUUCUUCUCUAUUUGAACCAAUGGGUUCAGAAAAAAGGACAAGGAUCGACAUGGAAGGGUGUUCUCUUGAUAGAAUCUCGAGCCUUCCGGACAAUGUUAUAGAUCAUAUAUUAGUAUACCUUCCAACUCGAGAUGCGGCAAGAACAAGUAUUUUGUCCAGUAAGUGGAGAUAUAUCUGGGCUGGACAUCCAAACAUUGUGCUUAACAAGCAAUUUGCAGAAGAUGUUAGGGGCAAUAGAUCAGCGAUCGAGUUCCAACAAUACUAUGUAAAGACAGUGAGCAAAAUACUCUUUCAACACAUUGGGCCCAUCCUCAAAUUUGAUCUUCAAGUCCCAGAUUUACCUUUGGAUGAGUAUUCCGUUAUUGAUCAAUGGCUGCUCUUCUUAUCAAGGCAGGGUCCCGAAGAACUGAUUCUUAAUAAUUCGGAUCGAAUUCCUUACUGUGUCCCUUCUUGUAUUUUCUCUUGUCCGAAGCUUAUCAAAGUACACAUCUCAAAGUGUAUCUGCAAAACAGUACCCACAGCCUUGGAAGGCUUCAGGACGCUCAGAGACCUCAGACUAUUUCAAAUAACCUUUGAGUCGCCCGUCCAAAUCACCCUGCCUAAACUUGCCAUUUUGUGCAUAAAUAGGUGUUGGGGUGUUCGAUGGUUUAAUAUAUCUUGCUUAAGACUAAAAAGAUUGAGUUUUUGCGACAAUGAUGAUCUUGAAUUGAGCCACUAUAUUAACUGCUCUGAGUUAAUCCUUGCACGUAUUUGGUUGUUAAAUGGAGUUGUUGAACAUCAUAGACAGAAUGAGAGGAUCUCAUUGACCAAGCUUCUCAGCCCCUGGCCUUCACUCGAGUACCUUGGGCUGAAUGGAGAUUAUCUUAAGUAUAUGGUUGCAGGUAGUACCAUUCCUGAGAAGCUUCCAACAGCAACAUUGAAAUGCUUGACAAUUCUUGUAAUGUUUCAUUUUGGCUACAAUUUCGACGAGAUUGUUUGCACACUUUGCUUACUCCGGAGUGCCGUCAACUUGCGUAAAUUGGCGAUUCUGGCCAAGAAGAUUGUACACACUGAUAUCAAAGUUGCUGAUUACUUGGAAAAGCCAGGUCUCAUGAAUCAAAGUUUAGAGGGCCUUCAAACUGUGAUGAUGAUCAAUUUCCAGGGUUCAAGAAAUGAACUGCUUUUUGUUAAGCUUUUACUUGCAAAUUCCCCAUCAAUCGAAAGAAUGUUUCUUGAAGAGGACAAAAAUAUUGACCCUGUUGUAAGGCUGGGGAUAUCCAAAGAACUGAUGCAGUUCUCACGAGCUUCAACUAAAGCAAAAAUCAUUUUCCAACCAGAGCUUUUUGAAAUCUAUCGUAGAUUUUAUACUAGUGUUUAAUUUGGUCUUGCCUUGACAAGGCUACUUGUAUGUGCCCCUUAUAUUGGUAUUGUUGCUAAGGGACAGUCAGGCCUGCUUAGUAUUCUGUUUCAGAAUGCUUUUAAUUGUAUGUUACUAAACUUUUGCUCCGGAAACUUUUGAAAAUUUUGUCAUCAAGAGAUAACAAUAUGCUAUUAGUUA